AUGCCAGUGCCUGUGCCUGUGCCUGUGCCAGUGCCAGUGCCUGUGCCUGUGAUGCCUGGAGAGUGCCUGUGCCAGUGCCUGGGCCAGUGCCUGUGCCAGUGCCUGUGCCAGUGCCUGUGCCUGGCCUGUGCCUGGGCCAGUGCCUGUGCCAGUGCCUGGGCCAGUGCCUGUGCCUGUGCCAGUGCCUGUGCCAGUGCCUGUGCCAUGCCUGUGCCUGUGCCUGUGCCUGUGCCUGUGCCAGUGCCUGUGCCUGUGCCUGUGCCUGUGCCCAGUGCCUGGAUGUGCCUGGCCAGUGCCUGUGUGAUGCCUGGGCCAGUGCCUGUGCCUGUGCCUGGGCCAGUGCCUGUGCCUGUGCCUGUGCCUGUGCCUGUGCCAGUGCCUUGCCAGUGCCUGUGCCUGUGCCUGUGCCUGUGCCAGUGCCUGUGCCAGUGCCUGUGCCUGUGCCAGUGCCUGGGCCUGUGCCUGAUGAUGCCUGUGCCAGUGCCUGAUGCCAGUGCCUGUGCCAAUGCCUGUGCCAGUGCCUGUGCCUGUGCCAGUGCCUAG